GGUUACCUGAUCACAACCCAAAAUGGCGGUGAAUGAUAGAACUCCGAAAAUGAGCUAAGAUUAUGGCGCUGCGAAACCGAUUUCGCUCUCUCCUGGGCUUAGAUCGUUCAUCUAAAGAUUUUCCAGACGGGGAGGUCCCUGAGAGUUCCUCUGAUAUAGUUUAUAAGGAUGACAGCAGAGAAUUUCAAGAUGAUCCACGGACCAAUGACGAGGUCUUAGAAACAAUAGCAGAAGUUUACUUCUCAGACUCUACCUUUGACGCAAGUGAUCAUGAGCUACAGAAACUCACUGAAAAGCCAUUGGUAUUAGAAGAUCUUGAUGAAUACAGGAAUACUUUAAGGCAACAGCUUCAGUCGGUUUCUAAGAAAUUAUAUACAAAAGUCUUGGAAAAUCACAGUGCCUAUGUACAGGAAUUACAACGAGUCAUGGAGCUACAAGAAGCUCUUCAGAAUGCUUCCACCAUAUGUGACAGAGGCAGAAGGCAACUGGACAGAGCGAGAUGUGGAGUGUCUGUUGGAGGGUUGGGAAUCUUAGCUAAACACCGCAAGAAGCAGCAUCUUCUGAACCUGAUGGAUUCAUUAAAAACAAUUAAAACUCUUCAAAGAACAGAUAUCCGACUAAAAGAGAUGUUAGAGGAGGAAGAUUACCCUGGAGCUAUCAAUCUGUGCCUUGAGUGUGAAAAAGCAGCUCGAUCCUACAAGCAUUACUUGUGUAUAAGUGAACUGAGCUCAAACCUCCAAGAAACACUAAUCGAUAUUGAGAAACAAUUGAGUGUAGCUCUGACUAGGACAUGUUGUGACUUUGACGCUGCACAUUACGAGAGACUUCAGACGGCUUUCAGAUACCUUGGCAAGACCCAGAUUGCAAUGGACCAGAUGAUAAUCCAUUUUAUGAAUCAUAUCAAUCAAGUCUCAUUUGCAGUAAUCAACAAUCAUUUGGAGGGGGAUGCAUCUGACUGCAUCACGGAUGAUGGUCAACAGCAUGUCCACUACAGUGGGCUUUGCAAGAAAGUUGGUGUGGAUCAAUUCACUCCUUGCCUUUUGGAUCUUUGCAAGUCAUUGUGGUCCGUUAUGCUGAACUACCAUAAAGUCAUGCAAUGGCAUGAGCGGUAUGAUCCGGCUAUGCAUGUAACCGGAAGUGACAUCACAGGUGACGGCACUGAUGAUGAGAAGAAUGCUGAAGCCACCUAUAACAGAAACUAUAUUAGACAGAAACUGGAUCAUGGGCUCAAUAGGAUUUGGAAGGAGGUGCAGGAGCGGAUCAAGGCCCAUUUGCUAGGAACUGAUCUCUCCUAUUUCAAGUACGAUGAUUUCAUCUACGUUCUCGAUUUAGUGAACAGGUUGAUCGCGGUCGGUGGUGAGUUCUGCAGUAGCAAGGCCGAGGAUCUGCACGAAUCUAUUCGGACUCAAACUGUCAAGUAUUUCAAGAACUAUCACAGGUCCCGUAUGGAGGAGCUGCGUAUGUUCCUUGAGAACGAGGCCUGGCAGCUGUGCCCUGUCAAGAUCACCUUCAAGAUCCUGGACCUUCAGGAGUUCCGCUUUUUGAAAAACCAACUUCUGCCAUCGUCCAAGACCCAUAAGCGGACACCAUCAGGGACAAUGCAAGCUCCACCCGACACAGCCUUCUUCACGCGCUAUGCGACCACAGGAAACCCUUUCGAUGAUGUUUACGUGGAAGAUGAAGGCGAAGACGUCAUGGCCCAUAAUGGGCUUGACGGAGAUUUGAAUGACAAUGACAAACGAGGUGUAAAUGAGGACGAGGAUGACGAUGAAGACGAUGAAGACAUCCCAGAGGAGCUGAAACUGGACUAUGUGGAUGAGCGGACUGGCGAAAUUCCUGCAGGCAAGAGCAGCGAGUCUCACAUGCACAGCAGAAAGAACCAGCAGUUCCUGUCUCGCGUACCAUGCAUUACCAACACCACACUUAAUGUACUUAGAGUAUUUGGAAAGUACAUGCAAAUGAUGAAUGUGCUGAAGCCAAUUGCGUUCGAUGUUGUAAUCUGUAUGUCUCAGCUUUUCGACUACUACCUUUUUGCAGUCACGUCGUUUUUCUCCCCCGAGGUUCUGGCGGAUGGCAGCGCACAUGGCCUCAGCAUUAAACUACGUACGACCCUCAAACGCAUUGCAGAUAACCUCAUCUUGAAUCCUGAUGCAGAUCCAAGUUUACAUGCAGCCGAGAAUGACAUGAAGGUCCCAUAUCCGUACCUUUCACCCAUGGUGGACUUGACACGGGAAGACUCCAUGUUUGGAUUAGCAGAACGAAUCCUUGCCACAGAGUCCCUCGUCUUCCUAGCCAAGCAAUUCGAGUUUCUCCACGGGCCUUUGGAAGCAAUCAUCCCGUCCAACAAACGUGCCUUCCUGUCCCAGUUCUACUCACAGACUGUAAGUACGGCCCCUGAGAUUCGCAGGCCAAUAUAUCGUGCAGUGGCUACUCGAUGUAUUGGAUAUGAAAAGACUUUACAAUUGAUGACGACCGUGAAGUGGGACAUCAAGGAGAUAAUGUCACAGCAUAAUGCUUUCGUGGAUAUCUUAGUGCGGGAAUUUCAAGUAUUCAGUAUGCGACUGACUCAGUUAUCAAAGCGUAUCCCAGUUCCAAAAGAGGCGUAUGGUGUGUUAUGGGACCACUGUAUCCGUCUGGCCAACAGAACGUUUGUGGAAGGUUUUGCUAGUGCUAAGAAGUGCAGUAACGAGGGGCGUGCUUUGAUGCAGUUGGAUUUUCAACAGUAUUUGAUGAAACUCGAGAAACUCACCGAUAUCAGGCCAAUACCUGACCGCGAGUACGUCGAGACUUACAUUAAAGCUUUCUACCUGACCGAAAACGAGAUGGAGAGAUGGAUUAGAGAACACAAGGAAUAUUCGAGUAAGCACCUGACUAGUUUGGUGACAUGUGGUGUUGGCUCUCAUAUCACCAAGAAAGGUCGCCAGAAGCUGUUAGCAAUUAUAGAAGAGCACGAGAAAAAUAAGCAAGUCAGAUGACAAGGAAUAAGAGGCACCAGAGUACCAUUUAUGGGAAACGUAAUGGUGGCACAGGAGAGGUACCACUGUAUGGUCAAUAGGGAGACGUAACCACCACGUGACAAUAGGAACGGACAUCUUAUGGUCACGGAACGGUCACGCGACGACACGUAACGGUCACGCUGCGGUCACGUAACCGUCACUUCGCAAUCACGGAACUUUCGGUAACACCCCACAACACGUCAUUGUCACGGUACGGUCAUGUGACAAACACGUCACGGUCACGUGGUCACGAUGGUUACAUCACGACCGCAUAACGGUCGGUACGGGCUUCACGCCACGAACAUGGUCAUUACACUACGCCACGACCACGGAAUGGUCGGUAAGAUCACCGUCACACAACGUGACCCAGUACGAUCACGUCACGUCACGUCACGACUUAACGGUCAAUACGGUACGGACGGAUCUGUCAUACCAAAGUUCUAAUAAUAAAAAAUAAAUGCAAAAUUGAUAUAGUUUUGAACAAAAUACGUGAGUUAGGGAUUUCAUACAAAGGAACGACUGUGUUUAGUACACGUUUUUCCAUGGACUCUUUUUGAAAGUAGUUAGGCGAAUAAAGUCAUUAUGUCCGUUUUGAUUUUAAUUCGUAGAUCAAAGUAGGUAGAGGGUAUUAGGUUUUGUUAUAUGACUGUACUAAUUGAUCACAAUUGUAUUAUAGAAAAAAUACUUUGACAGAUUCUAA